AUGGCGGGAUCCGCGCGGCAUAUCGACGCGGCGCGCGGCGAUUUCAAAAAGCAAGCCGCCGUGCCGUUGCAGCCUUUCCGCGCGCCGAACCCCGGAAGUUAUGCGCCACCAGGCCCACUCGUGGCGGAAGCGGCGGAAGAAGUGGGGGGAGCACUCGCUGCAGGCCGCGUUACGGCUGAAUUUCGCGCCGCUUUCCCUGGCGGGCCGGCAGUUGCGGCCGCAGCGGAUGCGGCAGACGCCGCAGAAGCAGCAGCACCGGCGAUAGUCGUGCCUCCGCGAGAGGUGGUGCAAUAUGCGGCAGCAGCACCUUAUCUCUCCCCUACGGCUCCCCCUUCCGCCACAUCCAGGCGCUCCGCAUGCGGUACCACGGCGGAAGGCUUUCUCCGCUCGUCCAACGAGUCUCCGCAGUCCGAGCGGCGGGGAGUGAUCACCGCCGACGCUGCUGCCGCGACGCCGCCCCUCGCCUUACCCGCGCCUCCCGCGCCUUCCGCGCCUUCCGCCGCGUUCGCCGCGCAUCCUUCCGCCUUACCCUCGCCGCCGUCGGUUGCGCCGCUCAUGCCGUGGCUGCUGCGAGUGGACUCCGCGUCGCUGGAGACCUAUCACAUGCUGACACGUCAGCCGUCGCUCUACUCGUUCUCCCUGGCGGACCUCCCCCAGACGUCUUUAAUCUCCCCUUCCGCGCUGCCUUCUCCCGCCGCGUUCGGCGCGGAUGCAGCACGAGAUGGCACACAGCACGGCGUGGGUCAAGCUGAGGUGGCGGAGGCAAAGCGAGGGAUGGGGGAGCCUGAGAGGCCGCCGCAGGGGGCGCAGGCGGCGCAGGCGGCGCAGGGGUGUGAGGAGGAGACGCCGGGGUGCUCCGUUUCCUCAAGUGCCGACGCAGUGAGUGCCGACGACGGCACUGCUGAUCGUCAUGAUAAUGAUGCUAGGGAGGCGUUUCGUCCCACGGAUGUAAGCAGGAGGGCGGCGGGCAAGGCCGGUGAGGGGCUGGAGGGGGGUGAGGGGGGUGACGGGGGUAAGGAGGGUGGGGGAGAUGUAGGGGGUGCGGGAGGAGAAGGGAAUGGGGGGGCCGUGGAUUUAGAGCAAGUGCUUUUGCAGCUGACGGCUACUGACGGCAGUGUGAAUGGGGAGGAGGGGGGAGGGACUACCAAAGCGGCUGAUGCGUGGGAAAUGGUGGGAGGUGUGGUGAAGUUCCAGCCAAACACGCAGCAGCAGUAUCACCACCAUCACCAGCAGCAGCAGCAGCAGCAGCAGCAGCAGCAGCAGCAGCAGCAGCAGCAGCAGCAGCAGCAGCAGCAGCAGCAGCAGCAGCAGCAGCAGCAGCAGCAGCAGCAGCAGCAGCAGCAGCAGCAGCAGCAGCAGCAGCAGCAGCAGCAGCAGCAGAAGCAGCAGCAGCAGCAGCAGCAGCAGCAGCAGCAGCAGCAGCAGCAGCAGCAGCAGCAGCAGCAGCAGCAGCAGCAGCAGCAGCAGCAGAAGUCACUUCAGCGACAAAAGCAUCUUCAUCCUCCCCAUUCCCAUCAUCCGCAACACUCCACGGCCUCCCAUCCUUAUCCUUCGCCUCCUGCUCCUGCUUCUCUAUCCCUCCCCACACUCCACUCUCUCCUCCCACUACACCCUUCCACUUCCUCGUCCCCCUUCUCUCCCCCCUACCUUCCCUCGCACACUCGCCAACUGCUCAUGUCUGCUCUUCUCAACCCUAUCUCGCCUCCUUCUCUCACAAACCAGAACCCAGUCAGCACCGCUCUGAACCGCAUUCAAGACCACGUGCAGCACCGCAUGCGCAUGCAUCCGUCCCCAACCCCUCCGCACCCUGCAGAACCGCUCAGAACCGCAGAGUCCCCUUUCUUUCCCGUCUCCUCUGCCCAGCGGGAGCAGCGGGAGGAGGCGGGGAAAGUGGAGAGCGAAAGAGCACCACAUGUUCUGAAGCGAGCAGUGAGAGCAAGUGGCUUGCCUCCGUUCCCUUUCACGCCAACUGUCCCCUCCGCCUUGUAUCUACCUUCCCCUGCCAGCAUACCACCAGCAACCCCACCCACCCAUUCUGCCACGACAGCGCACCCACUGAUAUCCCCUAUUACCCAUGUCCCCCCAAUAGUCGCCCACUUGCCACCUCUAUCUGGUCUCCCAGACUCCGCCCCUCUGUCUUCGAAACCAGCUUCACCUGCGCCCCUCCAUGCACCGAGUCUGCAAGCACCGAGCCUGGCAGGUUCGGCACGUCCGGCAGGUCUGGCGGGUCUGGCAGGUUCGGCAGAAAGGGAGUCGGUAGCAUGCCCCACUGCCACAUCUCUCCUGCCUGAUUUCCUCUCAACCGCAGCAUCACUACCCCUGCAGCACCACCGCUCGCACUACUACCACCAGUCGCAGCAGCAGCAACAGCCGCAGCCACAGCAGAAGCACAUGCAUCAGCACUUGCCGUUUCCUCUUUCCACCCACUCCCCUUCGAACGGGGGACACGUGGGUCUCUUCUCUUCCACCGCUGCUGCUGCUGCUGCUGGAGGGAAGGAGGAAGAGGGGGGUUGGGAUUAUCAUACGUGGGAGAGGAGGGCGGGCAGACGGAGAGGAGUAGGAGAAGGGUUAGGAGGAGGAGGUGUGAGUGGGGAAGGCGUGGGAGUGAGAGGGGGGAUGAAGAGGACGUGGGAGCAGAUGGAGGAAGAGGGCGGGUUGCCUGUGCAGGGGGGAAUGGGGAUGGGGGCAAUGGAGAGUGCAGGUGGAGCGAUAUGGGAUGGGGAAGGGACAGGAGGGGCGGAAUUGAUCCCGAGCGAGGAAGCAGGUACGAGCGAGGAAGCAGGUACGAGCGAGGAAGCAGGUACGAGCGAGGAAGCAGGUACGAGCGAGGAAGCAGGUACGAGCGAGGAAGCAGGUACGAGCGAGGAAGCAGGUACGAGCGAGGAAGCAGGUACGAGCGAGGAAGCAGGUACGAGCGAGGAAGCAGGUACGAGCGAGGAAGCAGGUACGAGCGAGGAAGCAGGUACGAGCGAGGAAGCAGGUACGAGCGAGGAAGCAGGUACGAGCGAGGAAGCAGGUACGAGCGAGGAAGCAGGUACGAGCGAGGAAGCAGGUACGAGCGAGGAAGCAGGUACGAGCGAGGAAGCAGGUACGAGCGAGGAAGCAGGUACGAGCGAGGAAGCAGGUACGAGCGAGGAAGCAGGUACGAGCGAGGAAGCAGGUACGAGCGAGGAAGCAGGUACGAGCGAGGAAGCAGGUACGAGCGAGGAAGCAGGUACGAGCGAGGAAGCAGGUACGAGCGAGGAAGCAGGUACGAGCGAGGAAGCAGGUACGAGCGAGGAAGCAGGUACGAGCGAGGAAGCAGGUACGCGCGAGGAAGCAGGUACGCGCGAGGAAGCAGGUACGCGCGAGGAAGCAGGUACGCGCGAGGAAGCAGGUACGAGCGAGGAAGCAGGUACGAGCGAGGAAGCAGGUACGAGCGAGAAAGCAGGUACGAGCGAGAAAGCAGGUACGAGCGAGAAAGCAGGUACGAGGGAGAAAGCAGGUACGAGGGAGAAAGCAGGUACGAGCGAGGAAGCAGGUACGAGCGAGGAAGCAGGUACGAGCGAGGAAGCAGGUACGAGCGAGGAAGCAGGUACGAGCGAGGAAGCAGGUACGAGCGAGAAAGCAGGUAGGAGCGAGACAGCAGGUACGAGGGAGACAGCAGGUACGAGCGAGAAAGCAGGUACGAGUGAGAAAGCAGGUACGAGUGAGAAAGCAGGUACGAGUGAGAAAGCAGGUACGAGUGAGAAAGCAGGUACGAGUGAGAAAGCAGGUACGAGUGAGAAAGCAGGUACGAGUGAGAAAGCAGGUACGAGUGAGAAAGCAGGUACGAGUGAGAAAGCAAGUACGAGUGAGAAAGCAGGUACGAGUGGGAAAGCAGGUACGAGUGAGAAAGCAGGUAUGAGUGAGAAAGCAGGUACGAGUGAGAAAGCAAGUACGAGUGAGAAAGCAGGUACGAGUGAGAAAGCAGGUACGAGUGAGAAAGCAGGUACGAGUGAGAAAGCAGGUACGAGUGAGAUUGCUUACCCUUGUGAGUUUCUCGAUCUAGUCACCACGUGUUGA